AUGAAUUCCUUAUUAGAAGAAAGAAAAAAUCUCUUAGAGCAAUUACGGCAAUACGAUACCCAAGAUAAUCAAGUGAAUGAAACAACUUUUAACAAUAAAGUUACGAGACGAUCUUUAGAUGCUGCUGUACACGAGCAAAGUACGAGUUGGGAAAAUGUGGGUGAGGAAAAUGUGGGUGAAGAAAAUUCAAGUGAAGUGAAACUCGAAAAAGAUCUAGCGGAACUCAAAAAAAGAACGGACAAUAACUUGAAACGAAUGCUUCGCGAAAGGGUCCUUAGGGAAGUUGCUCAAGAAACCCAGGGUGCAUGA